GUUCCGGUCAGGCGGGCCGGAAGAACCUUCCGUCGCUCCAUGCUCGGCAUCAGUCUCCAUGGGAAAGGAAGCCCGAGUCUUCUGAAGUGAACCGGAGCGGUUUAGUGGGAGCGGGGCCCGCUCAGGCGAGGAGGACCAGGGAAUUCCGCCUGGACAGUGUGUCGAACAUGAACGAUUGGGUGCCCAUCGCCAAGGAGUACGACCCACUUAAAGCUGGCAGCAUCGAUGGCACUGACGAAGACCCACACGAUCGUGCAAUCUGGAGGGCGAUGCUGGCACGAUACACCCCCAACAAAGGCGUCACAGGAGACCCCCUUCUCACUCUGUUUGUGGCCAGACUCAACCUGCAGACCAAAGAGGAGAAGUUAAAGGAAGUGUUUUCACGCUAUGGGGAUAUCCGGCGGCUUCGGCUGGUGAGGGACUUGGUCACGGGCUUCUCAAAGGGCUACGCCUUUAUCGAAUACAAAGAGGAGCGUUCUCUGCUCAAAGCCUACCGGGACGCUGAUGGCCUGGUCAUCGACCAGCACGAGAUAUUUGUGGACUAUGAACUGGAGAGAACCCUCAAAGGGUGGAUCCCUCGGCGAUUGGGAGGGGGUCUGGGGGGGAAAAAGGAAUCUGGGCAGUUGAGGUUUGGGGGGCGGGAUCGGCCUUUUCGACAGCCCAUUAACUUGCCAGUAGUUAAAAACGACCAGUUUCGAGAGGGAAAGAGGGAGCGGAGGGAGCGAUCUCGAUCCCGGGAAAGACACUGGGACUCCAGGAUGAGGGAUCGGGGCCAUGACAGGGGCCGGGACAAGAGGUGGCAGGAGAGAGAACCAGCAAGGGUGUGGCCUGAAGGUGACUGGGAGAGAGAGAGGGACUUCAGAGAUGACAGGGUCAAGGGGAGGGAAAAAAGGGACAGAAGUAAGUAGACCCCCCCCAUCUCCCACCCCCCUUGCCAGAGGAAGGUGCAUCAGUAAAAGUUCAGGGAGAACUACCUCACUUGUAUAUGGAUUCUAAGUCCAGGGGUGGAAUAAAAUGUACUGAUGAUAA